AUGGACGAGGACAUCUCCAAUUUCGUCGCCAUCACGGCUGCCAGCCCGGAGGCCGCUCGCGGUUUCCUAGAGAUGGCCAACAACAAUCUCGAGCAGGCCAUUCAGCUUUUCUUUGAGAACCCCGACAUUCAGAGCAGUUUCAACCAGGCCCCUGCCAUCUCGUCGACAGCGCCCCCAGUGCCCUCGAGCACCCGACCGAAUGUAGGACGGCAGGACGAACGCGGGGUCAUUCACAUAGAUAGUGAUGACGACGGCGAUACUGCGAUGACGGUGGACGAUAUGGACGAUAACUUCGGACACGACGACUCCGAGAUCGCGGCUAAUGCCCAGGUGGCGGCCAUCGCUCGAAGUGCCCAGGAGGAGGAAGACGCCGCGAUGGCUAAGAGAUUACAGGAGGAGCUCUACGGUGGUGGACCCGGAGGUGGCGGUGGCGGCGGUGGCAUUGGUGGUCAGGAUGAUGUCAGGUCGCCCAUCGCCAGAACCACCGAGACACUGGUUGGAGGCUACGACGGUGACGAUGGUAUGGACAUGGACACCAUCAUCCGGGCACAAAUGAGGCAGAGAGAAGCUGCCAGGGCAGCUCGAGCUGGCGGCGGAAAUCCCUUUGCUCAUAACCUGUCCAUUUGGGAUGACGACAGCCCAGUUGCAGCCCAACCCGCUCAACCAGCCGCGACGGAAGGCGGCACGCGAGCCCAGAGACUGGCAGAGCUUUUCCGCCCUCCCUACGACAUCAUGUCUAGACUGGACUGGGAUGAGGCGAGGCAGGAGGGCAAGGACGAGAAGAAGUGGAUCCUCGUUAACCUCCAGGAUAUGAGCGACUUCAACUGCCAGGCCUUGAAUCGAGAUAUUUGGAAGGAUGCUGCUGUACGGCGGCUAUUGGAUGAGGCCUUCAUCUUCCUGCAGUAUGACAAAGAUGCCAUGGCGGCACAGCAGUAUAUCAACUUUUAUUUCCACGGCACCGGUCACGAGAACCCAGACAACUACCCGCACGUCGCCAUUAUUGACCCGAGAACAGGAGAGCAAGUCAAGGUUUGGAGUGGAAGGCCGUUUCCCAGCGCCUCAGAUUUCCACGCGCAGCUGGCCGAAUUCCUGGACCGCUACAGCCUGGCGGCGAACAGCAAGAACCCCGUGGUGGACCAAGCAGCGCCGCGCCCCAAGACCGUCGACGUCGACCGGAUGACGGAGGACGAAAUGCUGGAGAUGGCAUUGCAAAAUAGUCUUGCAGCGUCAAACGGUGGUGGCAGCAGCUCCAAGCCCAAGACGGGCGUCUUCGAUCCCGAUGCGCUCACCAAGUUGGACUCUUCUAGCGGCCAAGGCAAGGGCAUACCUCCACCUGAGGAGGCAGCAGGCGGCAUAACUCCUCCUGCGGAGCCGGCAGCGACGCAGAGCAUCUGGGCCAAGAUUGCGAGCGACAAGCCGCACACGGAACCCGAGAAUAACCCGGCGACGACGACGCGGAUACAGUUCAAACACCCCACUGGACGUGUUAUCCGGCGAUUCAACCUGGACGAUCCGGUCAGGCGCAUUUACGAGUGGCUCAAGGCUGAACCUCUCGAGGGCAAGGGAGGCAUCGAGGUUGAGCUGAAGCGCGUGCCUCAGGGCCAGGAUCUGAGCGAUGGGCUGGACAAGACCAUCUUGGAGGCUGGGCUCAAAAAUGGAACCGUCAUGGUUGAGUUCAUCGAGGACUAG